AUGGUUUUUUUCUACUUUCUUUCUCUUCUUUUCAUUGUUGUUUUUCUACUCAAAUCACUCUUCAAAUCCUCCCAUGGAAAAAAACAAUUGCCUCUCCCUCCUGGCUCUAUGGGUUAUCCUUACAUAGGUGAAACCUUCCAAAUGUAUUCUCAAGACCCUAGCAUUUUCUUUAUCAACAAAAUUAAAAGGUUUGGUGAUAUGUUCAAGUCUCAUAUUUUGGGUUGUCCUUGUGUGAUGAUUUCAAGUCCAGAAGCAGCAAAAUUUGUGUUAAACAAAGCUGAACUUUUCAAACCAACAUUUCCAGCUAGCAAAGAAAGGAUGUUAGGGAAACAAGCAAUUUUCUUUCACCAAGGAAAUUACCAUACUAACCUUAGAAGACUUGUUCUUCGUACCUUCAUGCCUGAAGCCAUCAAAAGCAUUGUUCCCAACAUUGAAUCCAUUGCUCAAUCAUGUCUCAAAUCAUGGGAGGGAAACUUAAUCACCACUUACCUUGAAAUGAAAACAUUCACUUUCAACGUUGCACUUCUAUCAAUUUUCGGAAAAGACGAAAUUCUAUACAGAGAAGAUCUAAAAAGAUGCUACUACACACUUGAAAAGGGGUACAAUUCAAUGCCAAUAAACCUUCCAGGAACACUAUUUCACAAAGCUAUGAAAGCAAGAAAAGAACUAGCUCAGAUCUUGGAACAAAUAAUCUCAACAAGGAGGUGCAAAAAGCAAGAUUACAAUGAUUUGUUAGGUUCUUUCAUGGAUGAAAAAGCAGGACUCAGUGAUGAACAAAUAUCAGAUAACAUCAUUGGUGUCAUUUUUGCAGCUCGUGACACAACUGCUAGUGUACUUACAUGGAUUGUUAAGUACCUUGGUGAAAAUCCUAGUGUCCUUGAAUCUGUCACUGAAGAACAAAUGUCUAUAUUAAAAGGGAAACAAGAAAAUGGUGAAGAAAUUGGUCUAAAUUGGGAGGACACAAAAAAUAUGCCAAUAACCUCAAGGGUCAUACAAGAGACAUUAAGAGUAGCAUCAAUUUUGUCUUUUACUUUUCGAGAAGCAACGGAAGACGUUGAAUAUCAAGGGUAUCUUAUACCAAAAGGAUGGAAAGUUUUACCACUUUUCAGAAACAUACAUCACAGUCCAGAAAAUUUCAAAGAGCCUGAAAAAUUUGAUCCUUCAAGAUUUGAGGUUGCUCCAAAACCUAAUACUUUCAUGCCAUUUGGCAAUGGGGUCCAUGCAUGUCCUGGCAAUGAAUUAGCAAAGUUAGAGAUUUUGGUUCUUGUACAUCAUCUAACCACAAAGUACAGGUGGUCAGUGGUUGGUGAAAAAAAUGGAAUUCAAUAUGGUCCUUUUGCUCUUCCACAAAAUGGAUUACCAAUCAAAUUAUAUUCCAAGAAAUAA